AUGAGGAAAUUCCUCAUUUCUCUUUUGGCCGUUGCCGACAACGCCGCGCCCUUGCAGGAGGAUGCAAAGACCGCCGCCGUCGUGCAGGGUAUCGAUACCACAGCAAAGUUGACGGACAAAGACGUUGCUUGUUUUUUGAAAAACGGAUUCAGAGCCGGGAUCUUCCGCAUUGGAAACGAAGGAGCGGUGGAUAAGGUCGGAGUGGAAAAUGCGCGCAAAUCUCAUGCCGGUGAGUUAAGAAGGAUAAGUAAAUUUUUUGCGCGUUAGCCCAGACACGGUAGAGGCUUGGGGCUAGAAGUAAUUUUUCUGGCGCCGGGCUUGGGGCUUUAGAUUGACAAUUUUAGCCUCGGCCUUGGGUAAAAGAGCCACCGAUUGAGAGUAGUAGUUAAAGUGUAACUUGGCUUGUUACACUCUCCAUAUUUCGCGUACUCUCUCGGCCGCAACGCUCAUUGAAUAUCCAUUUUUUUAUGUUUCAUUUUUUUUUGAUUUUUUCGCAUAUUACCAAAACAAUUUUUUCAGCCGGCUUUAAAUACGAACUCUACAUUGCGCCCAAUCCGUUUAGUCCAGCCGGACCCCAGUUCAUUUCGGCGUAUAAUUACGCCAGAACGGAGCAGCUGGUACCGCAGCGGGUCUGGCUUCAAGUCACUUCGCCAAUGUUCUGGGACAGAAACACGACCAACAACGCCAGAUUCAUCACCGAUUUCAUUCAAGCGGUUAAGGUAGGACCUCUGAUUUAUAAAAAAAAUUGGGGUGAUUUUUUUGGCAUUUGAGCCUCCGAGCUGCGCCCUAUGAAAAGCGGGGUUUUUGUUGAAAAUCGCUUAUUGUUAGAUACGGAUGAAACUAGACUUGGCUCUCGGGCCGGCCCGGGCCGAAAAUCGCGGCCCGGCCCGCGGGCCGGAAGAUGUCGGCCCGGCCCGUUUCAAUUUUUCUUCGGCCCGGGCCGGCCCGGGCCGGCCCGAAAAUUGAGAAGAAGUAAAAAACCUUAAUUCGCUAUUAGAUAUGACACAUUUUUCUUUACUAUAGCAACUAACAGUACAUUUUUAAAGCAAAAAAUUACUUACCAACGCAUUGCCUUUUUAAAAUUAAUCAAAAAAUUCCCGAGAUCCGUUUUCAGACUAUUAAAAAUUGCCCCAAGACCAAUUUUACAGAUUCAGCAAGGGUGGAACCACGUUUAACAAGGUUUUUAACUUCAAGAUGAUAGUGUUGCUUCACACGACUUCUUAAUUGUGUUUUUAAGGAUGUCGGUUACGUUUAUUUUGAGUUUUGCUUCAAAAAAUUACUACAAACACUAGUAUACAUUAGUACUUAAUAGAUUUUACUAGUAAAAUUACUUAUUAUUAGCCAUUUUUCAGUAGUUCCGUGCUUUAUUUUUAUAAAAUUACCCUUACUGUGAGAAAAAUAUAAACCCCCUUCUUGGCUUUGCGUUUUAAUUUUAUUGGCAACCCAACUAUUCGCUUUGAAAUUCAGAAUUUUAAUUUUGCCGGGCCGGCCCGGGCCGAAAGUUGCGGCCCGGCCCGCGGGCCGGAACAGGUCGGCCCGGCCCGGCCCGUUUCAAUUUUGCUUUGGCCCGGCCCGGGCCGGCCCGGGCAGCCCGGCAGCCAAGUCUAGAUGAAACUAGGCAUACACUUAGAUUAAUUUUUGCUAAAAAAUAUGCGAGAUUAUUAAAUUCCGUUUGCAAACACGGCCGAGAUUUUUACGUCCAAAGUUAUCAGAGAUGUGACACUUUUUUGCGGAUUUUGGCGUAAAAAGUUUCAGGUCUACUUUUAUCGAAGUAAGUAAUGUUUCCACAAAAAAUGUAUUUUUUCCGCGCGAAAUCAGCAAAUAUACUGCCUAAAAAGCGCGAACUAAAAUUUGCAGGAAUUAAUAGAUGGCACUUUAUUUAUCGUCAUUGAGUGCGUAGACUUUUUGUCGCAUCGCAGUAAUCAUUAAGAGUUCAGCGCUACAAGAUCAGAGCCGGUCUCUACACCAACUGGUACGACUACGAGCAAAUCACGGGAAAUUCCAAGGAAAUCCCCAAUGUCGAUGUCGACAUUUGGUAUUGGCAUGUGAACUCGCCCGGUCCCGGCGGUGAGCAGUCCCCCGAACACUCCGACUACCGUCAGUUUGGCCCAUUCUCUGGCCCCGCCGCCAUCAAACAGUUCGCGAUUCGAAUGAAGACAUGCGACGUGGAUAACAAUUGGAUCUCCAUCCGGCCGUGA